AUGAAGGAUACCGAGAUGGGAACUGAGGAUGACAUAAUGGAGGCUCUGAAGAAGGAAGCUGUGGAUUUGGAGAACAUACCGAUUGAGGAGGUGUUUGAGAAUCUGAGAUGUACCAAAGAGGGACUCUCGACUCAGUCCGCUGAACAGAGACUGGCCAUUUUUGGUCACAACAAACUUGAGGAGAAGGAGGUACUUAGAGAUGGGAGAUGGAUUGAGCAAGAUGCAUCUGUUCUUGUUCCUGGAGAUAUAAUUAGUGUUAAACUUGGUGAUAUAAUCCCUGCUGAUGCUCGUCUCCUUGAUGGUGACCCAUUAAAAAUAGACCAGUCUGCACUUACAGGCGAGUCCCUUCCUGUGACAAAAGGCCCUGGAGAUGGGGUAUAUUCUGGGUCCACUUGCAAACAAGGAGAGAUUGACGCAGUGGUUAUUGCCACUGGUGUUCACACCUUCUUUGGUAAAGCUGCUCACCUUGUGGACAGCACAAAUCAAGUUGGCCAUUUUCAGAAGGCACGGGCUGGCAUUCAAGAGGUUCACUUCCUCCCAUUUAACCCCACUGAUAAGAGAACAGCUCUGACAUAUAUUGACAGCAAAGGUAAAAUGCAUCGAGUCAGCAAAGGUGCCCCUGAACAGAUACUGAAUCUUGCCCACAAUAAAUCUGAAAUAGAGCGUAAAGUUCAUGCAGUGAUUGAUAAGUUUGCAGAGCGAGGAUUACGAUCUCUUGCUGUAGCUUACCAGGAAGUUCUUGAUGGUAUAAAGGAAAGUCCAGGAGGUCCAUGGCAAUUCAUUGGCCUCAUGCCUCUUUUUGACCCACCUCGUCAUGACAGUGCAGAGACAAUCACAAGGGCAUUGAAUCUGGGAGUAAACGUUAAAAUGAUCACAGGCGAUCAACUGGCAAUAGCAAAGGAAACAGGAAGGCGUUUGGGAAUGGGAACCAACAUGUAUCCUGCAUCUGCCUUGCUAGGUCAGAACAAGGACGAGUCAAUUGUUGCCUUACCAGUGGAUGAGCUGAUCGAAAAGGCUGAUGGUUUUGCUGGUGUAUUCCCAGAGCACAAAUACAAAAUUGUUGAACGUCUUCAAGCUAGAAAACAUAUAUGUGGAAUGACUGGUGAUGGAGUUAAUGAUGCUCCUGCCCUUAAAAAGGCUGAUAUUGGCAUAGCUGUUGCUGAUGCAACUGAUGCUGCUCGUAGUGCUUCAGACAUAGUCCUGACUGAACCUGGCCUUAGUGUUAUCAUAAGUGCUGUACUAACCAGUCGAGCAAUCUUCCAGAGGAUGAAAAACUAUACAAUUUAUGCGGUGUCUAUUACAAUCCGUAUUGUGCUUGGUUUUAUGUUACUUGCCCUAAUAUGGAAGUUUGAUUUCCCACCCUUCAUGGUGCUGAUCAUCGCCAUUCUCAAUGAUGGUACCAUUAUGACAAUAUCAAAGGACAGAGUGAAACCAUCUCCUCUGCCAGACAGCUGGAAGUUAGCUGAGAUUUUUGCAACUGGCAUCAUCCUUGGUGGCUACUUGGCCAUGAUGACCGUCAUUUUCUUCUGGGCAGCAUACAAGACAAACUUUUUCCAUCGUACAUUUGGUGUUCCUACCCUCCAUGGAACAGCUUAUGAUGACUUCAGGAAGCUUGCAUCAGCAGUAUACCUUCAAGUGAGCAUCAUCAGUCAGGCCUUAAUAUUUGUGACACGUUCUAGAAGUUGGUCUUAUGUUGAACGGCCUGGCCUUCUGCUUGUGGGUGCUUUUGUUAUCGCUCAGUUGGUUGCUACCUUGAUUGCUGUUUAUGCAAAUUGGAAGUUUGCUGCUAUUGAAGGCAUUGGAUGGGGCUGGGCAGGCGUGAUCUGGCUUUAUAACUUAAUAUUUUAUGUCCCGCUUGAUUUUAUAAAGUUCAUCAUCCGUUAUGCCUUGAGUGGAAGAGCCUGGGACUUAGUUAUUGAGCAAAGGAUUGCUUUCACAAGGAAAAAGAAUUUUGGAAAGGAAGAGCGGGAGCUUAAAUGGGCACAUGCACAGAGGACACUCCAUGGACUGCAACCUCCCGAAACCAAGAUGUUUGGUGAGCACAGUACUCACACGGAUCUCAAUCAGAUGGCUGAAGAGGCAAAAAGACGAGCUGAGAUUGCCAGGACCCUAUCCUAUAUACUACCACUCUCUUCUCAGUUAAAAGAAGCUUGUUCAUUUUGUCAGUUUGUCACAAUGAGGUUGAGAGAACUGCAUACACUGAAAGGCCAUGUUGAAUCAGUUGUGAAGUUGAAGGGUCUAGAUAUUGACACAAUUCAGCAAUCAUACACUGUUUGA